AGAGCCGCAAGGAUAAGGACCAUGCUUAAGGCUUGCCCUUAUCCAUCUUCUGAGGCAUCCUGAAGAGACUUUUCAAUGGGACAAAGCACCCAGGAUGCGCCUCAAGAUGGAUGCGGGUGAGCUCUAACAUGCUGUCCAACGAGAACGGAAGGAGCACCGCGACCGAGAUCACAGGGACAGGCAUGACGAUCCUGAUCGAAUAAAGAGUAAGAAGCAUCAUUCCAGUCGGCGUAUAGGCGAGCUGACAGGGAAAAGCUUGUCAUCAC